CCCUCCUGCCACUCCUCCGUGCGGGGUUUAGCGAGCCGCCGCCAGCCUUUCAGAUUUUAAUGAUUACUGUAGUUUGUCCGGGACGCCAAACGGGCAGGACCCACUCUGCGAAAUUGUGGAGUAUUGGACCGUGAUGAUAAGUCGCGGGGAAAUUGGCUCUCCUGCCUUUUAUGUAUUUCUUCAUAUUUUUCUAUUUCCUAUUCUGUCGUGUGCUGCCUGUUUUCCCAGCCAGUGGAAGAACUGUGAUCAGUUUAUUCUCUGUAGCCUUUCAAUCAUGUAUUACGCUGACCCGGUUUGACGUCUCUAGUAAUUUCAUCAGAAUGCGAGCUCCUUGGGAGCAGAGACCCCGUUGUUGAUUUCUUCCAGCAAUGCCACAGCCCCGUGCGUGUGCUGGCACAUAGAAUAUAUUAAACAACUAUUUAUUUGGCUCAUUAAAGUUUCCCUUUUAAACUGUCAUAUAAAAGCGAACAUCAAGGAGGGUUGAUGUUUUACAAAUAGGGUUGUAUCCCUCCUCCUGGUGGAAUUUCAAGUAGUGGCUGGGGUUUCACGGCGCUUCACAUCUUAGUUGCCGCCUACGUUGUUUCUAGGGCAAGUAGGUGAUUCCUAGAAUGAAUCUUUUCUUGCGGAUUAAUUUACCUCGAAGCCUAGAAGAAAGGAUAUUUCUCCUGAUGAGAAAUGCAAGUGGCAGUCAAGUAUCCUUCGUUUGUUGUAUGGUUACUGUGUUAGAGAAGGAACACAAGCAAUAUGGAUUAUUGCCUUUACAUUCUCUGGCAGUCAGCUUAGCUGCGUAUGUGCGUCUUACAAGAUACUAACCAAGAAGCGCAAAGGUGUGAUGAUAAUAUUGAUCGUCUUCAUUCACUUAUUUAAUGCUUUCUGUUUGGAGUCUCUUUUUCUUGAUGCUUAGAGAUGUCAUUAGAGAAGCUUCAUUAAAUUCUCAUUUCGAGAAAUUGAGUGUAUACUCAGCGUAUAUGGAAAUUACAUCCGUUUGCAUGGAUUCUUGUUUAAUUCUAACGAAGCUUUUACCUUCUCAUGUCUAUCAGGUUCAGUUCACUCCCUCUUCCCUCUGUCCUCAUGCUUUCACUCCACCCCCACCCCCGCCCGCCAGCUAAUGUAGUGAAAGUAUCCAUAAUUUAAAAAGGAGGAGCCCAAUCAUACUCAAAUUAUCUUCUUUUUCAGUGACAGCAGUUUUUACAUUAUUGAUAUAAAUGGUAAUUUUGAAAUAUGAGAGAGACCUUGGAAAUUUGCCAGUUGGCCAAAUGAAAUUUGAUUUACUUUAAUUAAAUAAAAUGUGCUUCCUCAAACAUUUAACACUAAAGUUUUCCAAUAUAAAUUUUUUUUCUCAUAAGAAACUGCCUUUUUUUGAAACUUUUACUUUUUGACCUAAUUUAAAUUUUGUGCUCAGUAUAAUCAGUGCUCUGAUGGUAGAAGUCUGCUAAUUUUCAUCUCUUUAGUACAUUCUUUUCUUUCCUGUUGGAUAACUAAUUUUCAGAAGUUUCUGGCCUAACCCAUGUGCACUAAUAUUCAGUUACGUAAUUAAAGAAGCAUGUUUGUAAACUUUAAAACUAUUUUAAUGAUUAUUGUCUGAAACUAAAAUUUAGCAUGAAUGAGAGAUAAAACAAUGAUUUUUACUACCUUAUACAAACACAAUAUUAGCAGCAGUCAUUGUGUAGCACUGGACUGGGAAUCAGGAGACCUGGUUUCCAAUCCCACCUCGUGCUUAACAAGCUGUGUGAUCUUGGAAGCUUAAGUGAAAAUGGUACGUGCAACAAGGAGAAAUUCUAAAACUCAGGAGCCUGCGCAGAAAUCGCGAGUCGACUGGAGGCGGACUAGAAGGAGCUGUGCCUCACAGCUGCUAGACAGCGACGACGACCUCGGUAGCGAGGACCUCGACAGCGACGGAGAGCGCGACAGCGAUGAAAGUGCGGACAGUGAGGAGGAGCUUGCGGGUAACGCGGGGCUCGACAGCCAUCAAAAGCCCGAAGAGGAAGGAACGCCUGAGCUAAUUACAGCGGAGCCGGGAGGAAACACCUGCGCGCCCCUCCAGCGGGCCCAGCGGAGGCGCGGGCGCGGCGGCGCUCAGGACUCUGAAAGGGAAUCCUGCCCGAGCAGUGAGGAAGAGGAGGAAGAUGAUGACGACGAGGAGGAGGCCGGCUCCGAGGCCGGCGGGGAGGACUACCUUCUUGACGACUUCGUGGUGGGCGACGAGGAGGGCGACGAGGAGGGCGACGGCGACGGCGACGGCGGGAGCGCAGGCGGGCGAGGAGAGCGGGCGGCCGCGUCGCAGAUGAAGUUAGUGAAACAGAAUUCGCUCUAUUCUUUUAGUGAUCACUACACUCACUUUGAAAGAGUUGUGAAGGCUCUUCUGAUCAAUGCUUUAGAUGAAUCAUUUCUGGAAACAUUGUAUGAUCACACCAGGCAAAAAUCAUAUGCACAGCAAAUGUUGACAUCUCUUCAGUAUUUGGAUGACUGCUUUGUUCAGCCUCGCCUAGAGAGCUUAUCCUCUAGAAGUCGUUGGAAAGCACAGUAUAAGGAGCGGGUAGAAAAUUAUUCUAAUGUGAGUAUUCAUAUGAAGAAUGCUAAAGACUGUUCCUGCCAGGCUUGCGGGUUGCAUCGCCACUGUAAAUUUUUAGUGAACUUGUCAGGGGAGCUGUAUGACACCAGGACUAUGGAAAUAGAUGAUUUCAUGUCACAUGAUAAACAGGUAUUUUUUGUUGGCAGAAUUUGUGCUAACCGUACCAGAGUUUAUCAUAAUCUGAAGCAUUUUAAAUUCAAGCUAUACCAAGAAUGUUGCUCCAUGGCAAGGACAGAAAAAGUUGAGAAUGAACAAGUUAAAGAAACAGUGGAAAGAAUUUUCAGUGAGUCAAAAGAAAAUGGCUGGAUUGACAAGAAAUAUGAUCUACUUCAAAAAUAUCUCAAUGAUGCGGAUUACUUUCAAGAUGAGAAGUUUGACUUGUAACACCUUUCCUUCAGAGAAGAUUUUUGAAAUUUAUGCAGAUGUGAAGAUCAUGAAUCUUAUUUCUCUGUAUCAUGUGACAUUUAUAUAUUUUAUGAAUAUCUUCAUGGCAAAGUAUCUUUUUUAAAACAUGUUCAUCUUGAUUCCCAUGAAGUGGCAUUCUAUAGUCUAAUAAAACUUUCAUCUGCUGUACUUAGAAAACAUAAGCUUAAUCAUUUUUAAGUGUAUUUUGAGUUAUGUAACAAUACUUUUUAACAUGAUUAUCAAGUGAAUAAGUGUUCAUGUCCUGUCAGUUUAAUAGAAAAAUACUGUAUUUUUAAAAUGUACUUAGACCCACAUUGUCAUGUAUGUAUUGCAGAAUCCCUGCCCAGAUCUGUUGUUUAUCCUAUUUUCACUAAUAUAUUUUUUACUACUAUCAUGUAAAUCAGUGGGCCAUGGAAGAAACCUCAACGUUUCUUUCACUUCAGUCCCCUUGCCUCAGAAUCAGACUAUAGUUUACCCAUUCCAAGUAGAGGAGUGCUUUUUCUUUUUUCUAAAGUUUCCCCUAGAAAUUUCAGGCCUCCAGAGUUUAACCCUCAUAUUCAGGAAUCAUUUUAUAUGUAUUUUCAUGCUUCACAGUGUUUUCUUUUUUCUGUUUAAUUUUGUCUGUGUGUUAAUGAUUAAGAUAUAUUUUAUUUUUAUCCAUAAUUUUCGCAUACAAGUAUUUAUGUUAGAAUCAGAAGAUUUCAGAGAGAUAGCUUCAGCCAAAAAUAGUUUAAAAGCAUAUUUUGGCAUCUGCAUUGUUUUGCACAUCUAAAUUUUCCCAUAAUAUAAUAAAAGUAAAAUGGUUUCAGAUGAACAAAUGGA